AUGACAACGGAAUACGGACAACGCAUCUUGAUUGACCAAGAGACCGAAGAGUCGGGUAACGUUACUAGCAACAGCUACCCCAGUUUCGGAAGCGAGACAGAUAACGAUGGCGACGAUACUGAUGUGGACAUGCGCGAAUUGGACCGAGUGUUUGGGGUCAGUAGUAGCAAUGACUACGGCUCCAAUGGACACUACUUCCAUCCAACUGGCAGCACUACCAAAUUAUCUCUGAGCUCACCAAGCCGCCAUAUCCAGACAAUAAGGUUCCAAGUUGUCAUAUGGAACAUUGGAACUUUGGAUGUCGCUUCUGGUACUGUGCCCAUGACCUUUCGAGUCUCCUUGUUUUGGAAUGAUGUUCCUACUAUAGGAUCGGCUACUGGCAGUUCUUCCAAACCACAGCGGAACCAAAAAAUGGCUCCAUACCAAAUGCAAGGACGACAAAAGGCGCUCCCACAGAAAGUGGAUUCAAGCAAUGAUAAGACCAACAACGAUGAAAAUGAAGCCAUUGAUAUUCCUCCUCUUUCGAUUCUAAAUGUAUCAACCUUCACCAUUAUUGGGAGUCCUGAAAUUGAUAUGCUUGAUACGGAAAGUCGUCGGGUUCGAUGGACUUGCAUGUACCGUGCUACUGUGGUUCAAGACCGCCUCAGUGUGCAUCAGUUCCCACACGACUGUCACACCAUUGCAUUGGAGCUGGCUAUUCUAUCAAAUCGACGAGCUGGACAACGGUGGGACCGUCGUUUUUGGAGAUUGGGAUUGGCAACUGAAGAUGACGUCCGAGUAUCACGAAAAGCGUUACAGAUCCCAUAUGGGCUGGUGGUGGAUCAUGUUCGAAUUCCUGAGUUUCAUUUUCAUCGACACCAACCACAACAACCAGCAAUGUCACAUAGCAAGGGAAUUUUGCCACUCAUGAAGAGCUACAAUAGCCAAGACAGUAGUGGCAGCAGCAGCAACCAUGGUGCUGGUCUUCAGUUUCAAUUCUGCAGCCAACAAGAUGGAUCCUUUGACCGACGAUCAUCGUUUUGUGCCAUUCCAGAUGUCUACCUCCGAGUGAGCUUGAUGGUUCUGCGUGAGAGUGGCUACUAUGACAGAAACCUGAUUCCCCUUCUGGCUUUCUUGAAUGUUGUGGCAGCUGUCAUCACCCUGGUCCUGGAUCCAACCAACUUCUUUUAUCGAGGAUUGCUUGUUCUCAACAUUGCAUUCAAUCAAAUUGGUAUUCGACUGUCGAUUGACAAGCGUCUCCCCAGUGUGGGAUAUGAGAUUCGAAUGCAGCGGAUUUUGAAUGACUUCUUCUUUGUCCUCUUAGCACUCAUCUUGGAAGCGGGCCUUGUUUAUGCCCUGGAAACCAACUUGAUACUGUCCAGUCGAUGCCUCAAAUGGGUGGAUGCCUUGGCGGCAGUCCUGGCUCUGUGGCAUAAUGGACAUACAGUACGUUCAUACUAUGUUGCUCUCAAUCAAGCUCGUCAAAAGUACCGCCAAGGCAUCUUGGAGAGUGAUCCCAUUGCUCGAUUUUCGACACGAGGGCCUCAAGUUGUUUAG